AUGACUUUGCGUUUUGUUAGUAGAUUAUACUAUUUAAUUGUAUUUUUAUUUGUAAUUGUCCUUACUAUUAUCUGGAUGAAGAGUUCGAGGCCAAGCAUUGAUCUAGCUGAAAGACUACCAAAUAAUGGAGUAAAUGAACCUUUUGAUAUUGAUUCAGAAGGUGAGGAUUUAUUUAAAAAUGGAAAUUUCCCUUCUUUUUUGGCACACGAUACUUUUGUUAUUUUGAUUCAAGUUCACGAUAGACUUCAUUAUUUGAAAUACCUUAUUGAUUCUCUAAACCAAGUGAUUGGAAUAGAGAAAAGUCUGGUAAUUUUUUCUUUCGACACAAAAAAUCUUAACAUACUAAAUUAUAUCAAUCAAUCUACGAAAUUUAACUAUAUCAACAUAUUUUUUCCUUGUGCAAUAAAUCCAACGGAAAAUUAUAUUCAAGCCUUGAAAAAAAGUUCCUUAAUUAGCAUUAAACAUCAUUGGUCUUGGAAGAUAUCAUACGUGAUGGAGUCAUUGAGACUGAAGUCCUCAUUUAUCGGAUAUGUUUUAUUGUUAGAAGAGGAUUACAUAGUUUCUCCCGAUAUUCUAGUUUUUAUGAAAUCUUUAAUAGAAAAAGUCGAAAAUAAGAACGAAGACCAUUUUCUAGUUCUGGGAACAUUUAAGUAUCAUGAAGAUGUCUAUCCUUACGGAUAUGGAAUUGACAGUUUUGAGGAAAAUCUUGGACUGGCUCUGUCUUAUACGACUUUUCAAACCUUGGUUAAAUAUUCAAAAAGUUUUUGUGAAUACGAUGACUAUAAUUGGGAUUUUUCCCUGAUUAAUCUAAGUGAAAGGGUGUUACCCAACCGAUUCAAGAUCUAUAGAAGUAUAUUUACUCGCGUACAACAUAUUGGGAAUUGUGGCGUUCAUGCGAAAUCGACAAACUGCGAAUCUCUGGGAAAAAUUAAACAAUUAUUCUCGCUUUGGAGUAAUCUAAACCACAAAGACGGGAUUUCCGACAUCAAAGUCGUUUUUAAUGAAUAUAAUCUUUAUAAAUAUCGAAAUACUGGUGGAUAUGGAGGAUGGAGUGGGUAUAAUCCUCAUCUCUGCAUGAAAUAUUUUAAAAUUUCAACACUCAUUAGUUCGACAAGGGAGAGUACAUGUUUAGAAUUAGAACAUUUAUAA